GCCGGGCAGCGCCUUCCGCUUCUGCGGGCGGGCGGGCCCGUCGGGCGGAGUUCAGCACUGAAGGGAGCGCUUCGCCCCGCGGCGGGAAUCUCCGGCGGCCUCGGUGGAGGGAGAUACGUAGAAAGCAGAUCGUGCUAGGAGGCAGCCCUUACAGGAUUGACACCGAAAGGCUCUUGAACACUGUUGGAUGCUUUGGGGUCUCAUGCCAGCUUGAUGUCUGCAGGACACAGGUGGACCUGGACAAAGCUGGAGAUGGAGUGUCUGUAAGCAUACUGGCACUUGCCAUGCAUCCAACGGGGACAGUGGACAGUAGCUUCUCCCGCUCUGCUGUGCAGACCCUCUCCCGGAGCCACUGCCGCAACAUCAAACAGAAGAUCUCCCAGUGGGAGAGGAGGACACGGGGGUCCUCCGGUGAGGAGAAGCAGCAGCUGAAGGACUUUGGGGUAAAGUAUGAUCCAGGCUGUGAUGCUAUCUCUAAAGUGAAGCCAGGACACACAGAGAAGGGCAGAAAGACUGGAUCUAAAGAGCCAAAGAACCUGGGCUUGGACUUUAGGGAAAAUGCAAGGAGCUGCUUGCAGACUGAUGACUGUGGUGACCUCAGGCCCUGUGCAUGCAGUCUUGUUUCCCAGGCAAAGGAGAAUGGAGACUGGCAAGAAGGCUUCUUGGACUCAGAGGAGACACUGCCCCCAGGCAGCUUCUGUACCUCACAAGGGCUGUGGAAGAGUAUAGAUCCCCUUCUACCUGACAAAGCCCUGGCAGUGCCCUUAGACCUUCAGAGGAAGCAAGAGAGCUGUGACCUCACAGAAAGAGCACUUAAAGCCAAGGGGGUGGACUCUCUCUGCAGGGCAGAGAGAAGCUUGGAAAACAUUUACUCAGAGGGUGAGGGGCAAGAGGUCCCACCACCCAAGCCCCGCAGGACCUUCUGCUAUCUUGCAGAAAAGAAUCCCAGUAGCUGCAGUGCUAGAAAGAAAGCUCCCCUGCAAAAUCUUUGUGGAGGAGACUUAGUGCCAUCCUCUCACAGUCCUGAGCAGAGAGUAGCCAGCAGGAUGAUCAGAAGAAGAACCCAGAGGAAAUCCUUUGAGUUUGAGGACAUCCAGGGCUUCCACAACCGAACAGUAGCCACCAGCUCCCACAGACUUCAGGAAGAGAAAAAAGGCACUACAAGAUCCAGGCUUUUCUACACACAGUCAGAAGACAACAUCUAUGAGGACAUUAUCUGUCCUUCAAAAGAAAACCUCUAUGAAGAUAUCAGAGUACUGCCUUUGCCUCUGUGGAAGAUCCCGUCUGUCUGGAAGUUACCACCCCACCAGAGGGCUAUUAGGGCUCCCAAGCUUCCCCCCAAGCCUCCCUUUCUCAGUCGCAAGACUCUUGAGCAAAAGCCCUCCCAGACAAAUUUGCAAGGGAAAAUGUUGAAGGAGAUAACCCUGCCUGUCACACUGACAGAGUGGAAGCUGUUUCGCGCAGCAGAGGCUGCUAGCAGGAGAAAGAACUUGCCCUGGCUUGUACUAAAAAUACAGGCGAUCUUUGAUUCUAAGCGUGGAAAGAAGAGGGUGAAGUUGCUCAGUCCCAGUGGGAAAGAAGCUCCUCCAGUGAAAGGUGAAACCAGCGGGAAUGAAAGUGAUACAGAAAAUCAGCCAAAACGUCGACACAGGUGCCUGCUGCAGGUGCAGCGAGGCUGCAAGAGGAACCCACACUACCAGACGCUGGAGAGGGAUUUGAUAGAGCUCCAGGAGCAGCAGCUGUUUGAGCUAUUUGUGGUGGUAUCACUGCACAAGAAAGCAAUGGAAAUGACAUAUGCACCAGAGAUCAUACAGCAGUUUCCUAGCAAGCCUGAACAUUCCUUGAGACAGUCAAAGGAUACUGAAGAGAGGCUAAAGGUCAUCCCCAAAUUCUGCUUCCCAGAUCCCAAAGAUUGGUUUCCUACAUCAGACCUUAAAAGUGAAACAUUUUCUUUUGUGUUGACGGGUGAGGAUGGCAGCCGCUGGUUUGGUUACUGCAAGAAGCUCCUGCCGGAAGGGAAAGGAAAGCGUCUUCCGGAGGUAUAUUGCAUUGUUAGCCGUCUGGGCUGCUUCAACCUCUUUUCUAAGAUUUUAGAUGAAGUAGAGAAGAGACGAGAGAUGUCCCCAGCUCUAGUGCACCCAUUUAUGCGUAGUGUCAUGGAGGCACCUUUCCCUGAUCCUGGAUGCACUAUUACUGUGAAGAGUUUCCUGCCAGGAGCAGGAAAUGAGGUUUUGGAGCUCUGCCGUCCACUGGAUUCUCGACUUGAACACGUUGAUUUCGAAUGCCUGUUUAAGUGUUUAAGUGUCUCUCACAUGAUUCGGGUCUUUGCCUCUCUCCUGCUGGAAAGGAGGGUGAUCUUGGUUGCUGACAACUUAAGCACUCUGUCUAAAUGUGGCCAUGCCGCAGUGGCAACACUUUAUCCCUUCACUUGGCAGCACACCUAUAUACCAGUCCUACCAACUUCCAUGAUUGAUAUUGCCUGCUCUCCAACUCCAUUCUUAAUUGGCAUUCUUUCCUGCUCAUUACCACAGCUCCAGGACCUGCCCAUAGAGGAGGUUCUGAUUGUUGAUCUUUGCACUGACCAUUUUUUGCAAGAGAUAUCAGAUGAGGAUGAGAUCCUGCCUCAUAAGCUCCAGGCUGCACUUGUACAAAUCUUGGAGGAACGAAGUGAAAUCCUGUCUCAGGACCGGAGUAGCACACAAGGUGAUAUGCCUCUUAACUCCCUGGUCUCUGAAGCUUUUGUGCAGUUCUUUGUGGAGAUUGUUGGACACUACUCCCUACAUAUGAAUGUCACAGAAAAAGGGGAGCGAGUGUUUCAGCGGGAAUCAUUUCGAAAAUCUCAUAUGUCACGUAAUGUGCGUCAUUUCUUGCACUUGUUCAUGGAAACACAGAUGUUUGCAGGGUUCAUACAAGAUCGAGAGCUGAGUAAGAGCAUGGUCAAAGGUCUUUUUGAGGUCCGUGCCUUGGAGUAUUUGGAGAGUAUUCCAGAGACCGAACCUAGUGGAAUGAACAAAAUCCUUCGCAGUCUUGGGAGCAAAAUGCGAUUUCUUCACAAGAAGUGACCGUGGGUGCUGCAGGGCGGCAGGACCGGGCGGCGCUGCGGGGCGGCGCCGGAGGCGGCCCGGCCCCCCCGGGCUGCCGCCGCUUCUCGCGCUCUGCCUCCUCAAUAAUGGCUUUCUGACCCAGAAAA